AUGCAUACCAACGCAUUGAUGAAUUCAACUAUUCGAUUGAAAUGUCGUGUUCAACUAAUGAUUCAAAAUAAUACCGGUGAUUUGAAAGAGAACUAUUCAAAAAUGUCUAAACACAAUCAAUUCAAUAGUCAAACAUAUUCAUCACCUUUAUCAUCAAACAAACCAAAAGUUGUUUGGCAAGUAAUUCAACCAUAUUUAUUACCGGAUAAUUUGAAAAUUAUUGUUCAAUGGAUGAAAGAUGGAUUUGGUUAUGAUCAAGAAACAUUAAAACAAACAUUUAAUAACCGAUAUACAAUGAUUGAAUCCACGGAAAAAGAUAUCUAUGAUUUACUAAUUACCGGCGUUCAAUUUGAAGAUGAAGGUGAAUAUGCUUGUCAAGCUAGAUUAAUUGAAAACAUUCAAUCCAAUCAAAAAUCGCCAUUAUAUUUUCAUCAAUUUUUCAAUAAAACAAAAUUUUCUAAUCAAAAUUCAAUCAAUUCAUUCAUUUUUCAACAUGAUUCAUUCAAUUUACCAAUGAGUUUAAUUAAAAGUAAUACAGCAUAUUUAAAUGUGAUUGUUCCGCCGAAAUCAAUUCAUUUAAAUAUAUUAUUAUAUGAAAACUCAAAAUUUCAAUAUUUAUACAAUCAUCAUGUCAACAAACUCAACCAUUCAUCAUCCUCAUCAUCAUCAAUACAACCGAUCAUUCAUACGGAUCCGUUCAAAAAUCAAUCAAUUUGGAUUCAUUUCAAUCAAACAAUUCAAUUCAUUUGUAGUACAUCAUCAUGGAGUAAACCAUUAGGUCACUUAUUAUGGUCAAUGAAUAAUGAAACUUUGCAUCGAGUGAAAAUGGAGAAAACAUUGAAUAUUGUUGAUCAACUCAACUCAUCAUCAUAUCAAUAUGUUAACGAGUUGCUGUUAAAACGAACAGAAUUAUUAAGUUGGUUAAAUGAGAAAUUUUGUAAUUCACCACAUUCGAAAUGUCAUAUUAUGAAUAAAACACAAAAUUUCAUGUUCAUUGAACAUUUUUCUUGUAUUGGACAAUUGAAUGAAUUUAUUCAAAUUACUGAUAUGCCUACUGGUUUACAAUUAUUCAAAACUUGGUCUAUAUUAAGUCUAACUUUUUAUGGAGCCAAGAUAAAUCAAAUUCCAAUUAUGUGUUCAUUGGAAAAUCAAAAUGAUUACAUAAUCAGUAAUAGCAAUAACGAUCAUGAUAAUAAUAGUAAUAACAGUUUUCCGAAUAUCAAUAUUCAUCAACACAACAGAACAUUUGAUUUUGAAAAGAAUCCACAAUUGAAUGAAUUUGAAAACUAUUCUCUUAGAUCUAGAAUAAUCAAUAUUAAUCUUUUGUAUAUUGACAAUGUGUACAUUCAAAUUUAUUCAAACAAUCAACUAUUCACUUCAUCAAUUGAACAACACAUUAGAUUAAUUGAAAAUCAACCAGUUCAAGUUGGUUGUUUUUAUAAAAAAUCUUAUGCUCCAAUCAAUAAUACACGUUAUGAAUAUACGUUUUUUAUUCAAACAAAUUCAACACCAACAACUCUUCAACAUAACAUCAAUCAUUCUCAUAAUAACAAUAAUUCGUCAUCAUCACCAACUGUUAUGCAAUCUUCAAGAUUUCUUCUGUUACAUCAUCAUUCAAAUGAUCAUAUUAUAAAAUUUGUACCAAAUCGAACAUAUCAUCAUGCAAGAAUUUAUUGUCAAAUAUCCAUGAGAAUCAGCAAACCUACAAUCAAUUCGAUUUUACUGCCAUUAUCAUCGUCCUUAAGAAAUUCGACUCAUCAAAUCGAUAAUGAGAUGAGUCAUAAUAAUUCAAUAAGCACUGAUGAUGAGGAUGAGUCAUCAUCGUCAUUAAGAAAUCGGACUCAUCAAAUCGGCAAUGAGAUGAGUCAUAAUAAUUCAAUAAGCACUGAUGAUGAUGUACUAACGAUUUCAUCAAUGGGUUAUUUGGAUUUGAAUAUUUAUUAUGGACCGUAUAUAAAUAAUCCUGAAAAUCAAUUUCAUAUCAUUUAUCCUUGUUCUAUAUUUGGUAAAAGCAUGAAAACAUUUUGUUCAACAGAAUCUACAGACUAUGUGUAUAUAACACAAGAUAUAACAUUAUUGUGUCAAACAGAUUUUAAUCCACCCGGUCAAAUUGAAUGGUUUACAUGGACACCAAAUAAUAAUACACGUGUUUAUUUAUCCAAUGGUCAUAGUUUACAAUUGAAUUUAGAACAACUUCAAUCUUCAAUGGAAUCGAUCACAGUGAAUUCGAAUAAUGCAUGGAUUAUUGAUGAACAAUAUUUGAAUAAGCCUAAACACCGUGCUGAUACAGAAGAUGAUAUUAUGACCUUGGAAAAUGUUGAUUUUCAAAUUAAGCUAUGGAAGUUUACAUGUAUAGCUAGUUUAACUGGAUUUGAUAGUCAAUCAGCAAAUCGAUUUAUUGUUCAAGCAGAAAAACCUUUUAUACAUAGUCAUUCACAAGUUUAUGGAAUCAUAGGCAAAUCAAUUCAUCUUAUAUGUAAUGUGAUCAGUUUCCCACCAAUCAAUUUCACAUAUCCAAUAUGGUCAUUGAAUAAUGAAUAUAUUCUGUCAGAGGAUUCAAUGUUCAAUAAUCAUGUCGUCGUCCCGCCAAAUUCAACAAUCAAGAAUUUCCAAUUUCCAAUUCAUUUUCCUUAUAAUUUUAUACCGAAAUAUAAAUUUAUUUAUAAACAAUUUACAUUUGGAUGGAUAAUUACUUUACAAAUCAAUAAUUUAAAUUUAAAUGAUGAAGGAGUUUAUCAAUGUUCAUUGUCAAAUUUAAUGGGAUCUAGUUCAUAUAAGAUAAAUUUGUAUUUAAAUCAAUAUACAUUUACAAGAAAUGGAUAUAUUGUUAUCAUUAUAAUCAGUCUCAUUUUAUUACUGUCAACAAUUCUACUGUUAUUAUUCAUUGGUUUAUCAUAUAUUCAAAGAAAAUGUAAAUAUUUUCAACGAUUUAAUCAAUAUUUAUGUAUUAAAUGUAAAUUGAUGCCAUCAUCUGAUAAGAAUAGUCAUUGUCAAAAUGAAACAAGUGGAUACAACCGAAAAACAAUUGGAUAUUUUACAGCAAUGGAUUUUUCCGAAGUUAUACAAAAUUCACUUGUUGACACUGAUCAAAAUGUAGUUGUUAACAAUACAGAAAUCGAUCAAUCUUUUGAUCAACCAUAUUUGGCUAAUCCUAUGUUGCCUAUAAAUCAAUUUGAUCAUUAUUCAAUAAGCAAUCAUAUUUUCAAUGAACAACCAUCAAGUUUACAAGAGAAAUGUUUUUGUAAAUAUGAAAAUAAUUGUCAACAACAGUUAAACAAUUUCAAUAACCGGUCAGGAUCAAAUUAUUCUUCUACUUGUCCACAUAUGAAAAUUGCAAUUUUGACUAAUAAUAACACUGAUAAUGAUAAAGACAGUUAUUUACAUGAUUGUGGUGAUUUAAAACAAUAUCGUCUUUUGUCUGCAACAAAACCAGAAUGUCCUAGUGUAAAUCCUAACUGUACAGUAAAGUUUUUACACAAUAAAUUUAAUUAUGAACACGUUCACAAUGAUAAUAGAACCUUAAAUUUUAAUCAGCCUCCAUUAUUAAGUCAUCGUUAUACGAAUGAUAUUUGUUUAAAUGAACUGAUGUCGAAUUCAAUGAUCAAUAAUGAAAAGACAUCUUGUCUUAAAUGUGAUUUCAAAAAUACUAACACUGAACGACAUUAUUUCACAUUACCUAAUCAUCAUAUGUUAUGUUUUAAACCAAUGCGAAAUAAUAUUUAUACACAUAAAAUUGAACAAGAUCAGUGCGUUGAUUGUACAUUGUUGAAAACUGAACAUUCAUUUUUAACGCCUAGAUUCGAUGGCAAUUUUUCUAACUGUGAUAAUAAAAUAUUUUCUAACAGUCAUGAUAUUAUUCAAUUAGAUUCAACUAAACAAAUAUGUAAUUGCAAUGAUUUUUUCUGUGAUUAA